GCUGCUGAGUUAAAAAUAUUGUUGUGUAUUUGUGCACAAAUACUUACAGAAGAGGAAAGCCACACAUAAGACAAAGUGGCUAUAGAUAAACUCCGUUGUUUACAUUUUUAGUGGUAAGCUCUUUCGGCUCUGACAUUUACGCGGCAGGAAAAAAGAGCAGGUGCUCUAGGUCAAGCAAAGUAAUUAUCAGUCCAUUUUGUCACAUGAAAUGAAGGCAUUUUUAAAGGUUACUACGAUACUUUUACAAUUGGGCGUCAUAUAAUAGAAAUUAAAUUCAUAAUUAAGAAAACUUUCUCCUUAAUUUUUAAAAGUUCAUCUACUUGAAGAAACAAGCUUUGUUAAUUCAACGUUUUUGCACUUGUGCUUCUUCUUCGAUGUCUUUUCCGAGUGCACAUUAAAAACGCCAAAAUACAUGAUGGUUGCAUGAUACGUCACAGAAUGGUUGUGCAUGCCGAAAAAAUCUAACUCCCUGUGAUCGCUUGGAAUAUUAAAGCAAUAAAGUUAUCAAUGUGGCAUGAUUAUCAUAAGUUGCCAGCUUUUAAAACUUGAAAAUAAGAAAUCAUGUCGUCUUCAGACGUUUCUGAUGUUGAUUGUCAAGAUCAAGCUCUUGGUUUCCAGUUUGAACCUAGGAAAACUCUUAAAUCAUGGUCUGGGAGUGAAUGGGUAUAUUACGAAACAGACGAAGAUGUGGAAGAAAUAUCUUCCAAUUUAAGAACAAAUCUCCGAAUCUUGGUGCAUAUAUCCUACAUAAAUUUCGCACCUACUAUACUGCUAAAAGAAAAUCUUUGGACAGCUUUGGUUAGGAUGCAUGAUCGCAAAAGUUCUUACCUACCUCCAAAAGACAAUGUCUCUAACAAGGCUUACAGAUACGCAGCUUAUCGGCAGUUUACAUGGUGGGUUCAUGUCCAUCUUGUCUGUAUGAUGUCUGCCAAUGAAGAAGAACUAGAUGGAAGUGAUGAUGAAAUUCAGGUGACUGCAAAGGAAGUUUGUGAGCAGUUAACAGAGGCUUGGUUAAAUGAAAAAUUUUCACCUGAGCUAUUAGAGACUAAAGUAGAGUUAGUUGAAUGCAUGCUGGCUCAAGUAAAAGAACUGGAGAAUAAUUCCACAAUAAAAGAUAAGGACCUGGAGACUUCUGUACAACAAAUUGAACUUGAACGAGUAAAGUUUGUAAUAGCAAGUUAUCUCCGUGAAAGGUUAAAAAAGAUAGAAAACAAUGUUAUUCAUGUACUGGAAGAAGAAGCGAAGGAUCAACCGUCUAAGUUAUCUCCCGGAGAGUUGAAAUUUGCAAAAGAAUUCGCAGAUAAUAUGCAAAAUCAUUUUAAUAAACUUGCUCUACAACAAAUGCCAGCAAAUAUGCAGACCCUUGAUCAAAAGAAAAACAUUCCGCGUCCUAACCUAGACGAGUACCUCUUCAUUAAAGUAAACAGCAAACAAGAGCAAGUCCUCAUUGACCCAGAGGAAGAACCUUACACGCUCGAGGUGGAUUCACAACAUAUUGUUCGAUAUAAACCAAUAGCAGCAUUCGUGGAGGAUGGAACAGUUUCUCUCAUUUAAAUACAUCAAAUUUAUCAAUCGUCACUGUGUAAGCAGUAUACCUACUGUUGCCUACUGUGUGAGAACUCAAGAUGGUAUCUUCAAAUCAUUCAAUUAUUGCGGUGUAUUUUUGCGUGGAAAAGCGUAUCAUGAGUAUUUAUAGCUAGUUUUUUGCUCUCACAUGUAAAUAGUUUGGAAAAUAUUUAUACUGUUACAAAAUAUAUAUGACAUUGCGUAUAAAAGAA